UGCGGGAGAAAGACGUGUUGGAGAAGAAAAGAGGAAACGAGAUGGAGGAGCUUCGCGAUUUUAGGGCUCGUCACAGGGAAAUUUAGGGCGCCAGGAGGCGCAGAUCAAGGCGCUUGUCUCUCUGUUCUCUUCUCUCCCUUCUCUCUCCGAUCGAGCGCGAGCUCCAGCGAUGUCGUGAUUCGAUGCGCAUUUUCGGCGCCUGAGAGGGAGGCGUGAUGCCUUCCUGGUGGGGCGGCAAGUCCUCCAAGGAGCCCAAGGAGGCGGCGGCCAAGAAGCAGCAGCAGCACAAGAGCAAAGAUGGCAUGCGCUUGCAGAUUGGGAGCUGGAAGACGAGGCUCUCCUCCUGGACGGACGACGAGAGGAAGAACAGCUUCUCGCCGGGUUACCGCUCCAGCUCGGAUAAUUCCAGCAGCUCCAGGCCGGUGUCGCCGUGCACGCCCUCGGACUCGGCAAGGCAGCCAUGGCCUCUGCCGUGCUCGCCCUUCUCUCCCCAAGGCGCGGAGGUGCGAAGGAACCAGUCCCUGCCGCUUCCUCCUCCCCAGGAGCAAAAGCCCAGAGCGGGGAUUUUCGCCGAGGCAGUGGCCGCGACCUCGGCCUCUUCCAGCAUCAGCUCAAGCAACAGCGAUACGUGUGACACCAACCAAUCAAAGGCCUCUCCUUGGAAGGAAUGUAGGUCCUCGGGAAACGGAUCGACGCCUUCCAAUCCGGUUCCAGUGAAAGCUACGUCAAACAACGCGCACUCCCCGUGCUUGAGCCCGUGCCGCAGUCCGAGAGCAAUUCUCGACGCCGGUGACGCCUUCUAUCCGUAUAGUAACAGCGCUGCCGCUGUUGCUCCUGGGAACAGCCCGCCGGCCUUCACUGCUACAGCCGGGUCGAGGAAUCCACGCACCCAAAGUGGAAGUGGUGGAAGUGGUUUUGGUGGUGGUGGUAGUGGUGGUCAGCUUUCUCCCCGCCACACGCCGCACCCGUUGCCAGCACCACCACCACCACCUUGCGGAAGUGGAUUUCCAUUGUCGCCGACGCUUUCACCGUCUAACAGGGGGGCGACGACAACCUGCUGGCAGAAAGGGAAGCUCAUCGGUAAUGGAACUUUUGGAUAUGUGUAUGUUGGGUUUGACAGCAACAACAUCGGCCGGAUGUGUGCGAUGAAGGAGGUUCGCAUUAUUGGUGACAAUGAUCAGUCUAAAGAGAGUGCUAAACAGCUCGGACAGGAAAUUACUCUCCUCAGUCGCUUAAGGCACCAGAACAUUGUACAGUACUAUGGAUCAGAAGCAGUGGAGGACAACCUUUACAUCUAUCUCGAGUACGUGUCGGGUGGCUCCAUUCAUAAGCUGCUUCAAGACUAUGGACCAUUCAAGGAGUCGGUUAUCAGGCGCUACACGAGACAAAUACUUUCGGGUUUAUCCUUUUUGCACAGCGUGGAGACUGUUCACAGAGACAUCAAGGGCGCAAACAUCCUUGUCGAUACCAAUGGCGUGGUGAAGCUUGGGGACUUUGGCAUGGCCAAGCACAUAACUGCUCAGUCAUUCCCACUUUCUUGCAAAGGAAGCCCGUACUGGAUGGCUCCAGAGAUUCUAAAAUCAACUCAUGGUUAUGAUCUCUCUGUGGACAUUUGGAGCCUCGGUUGCACCGUGAUCGAAAUGGCAACUGGAAAGCCUCCGUGGAGCGAAUUUGAAGGGGUCGCUGUUAUGUUCAAGAUUGGCAACAGCAAAGAAACUCCUCCAAUUCCUCCGCAUCUGUCCGAAGAGUGCCAACACUUUCUGAGGUUGUGUUUGCAAAGGAACCCGGCGGACAGACCAACAGCGACAGAGCUCAUGGAGCAUCCAUUUGUGAUGGACAUACCGGACACCAACUCAGACUUCCAGACUCGAGAUGGCUACCAGACGACAAGAUACGCGUCUACUCCACCUCGGCAAGUACUCUCUCCGAUGUUCUCCCCUUCCUCCCAGUUUGGAUUCCAGCCGGCCUCCGAGGCCGACGCCACCGCUUUCUUCCUCCAGACUCCAUCCGAUUUUGGGAGGCGAUUGAAAAGCAUGGAGGAUCCUCACCAGCAGCAGCAGCAGCAGCAGCAGCAUCGCCACCACCAUCAUCAUCCCGCAGCAAAGAUGCGUAACGGCGGCCACGGAUUGUCAACGUCCGAGAUCGAGGUUCGCAGCGUCAUCUCUGACAUUCAUCAUCACCAGAGGCUCGUCAGCUGCCUGGAUCUCAAAUGCUGAAGUUACGUUUUUUCCUUUAUUCUCAUCAUUUACCUUCCUCCUCUUCUUCGCAACGCUCCUUUGAUGCGAGGAAACGAUUCUACUACGACGAGUGCUCCUCUUUUUGUAUAUAUGACAGCACCGGCUCACAAUUUUGCCUCUUUUACUUUACCUCCGUUGUAAAGUUUUUUAAAUUAACGGAUAUUCUUGCUCUGCUU